AUGGGAGCCGACACGUCCAGCAUUCCGACGCCGCCCGCUUCCCAGUUUCUCUCGCAUCUCGCUGAACAUCCCCAAACUCCAACGCGCGAGCUGGUUCAGCCCUAUCUCGACUAUGAGACCUGGUUGCGCAAGGCGUUCGCGGGUAACCAACCCAGCGUCGACAGUCUUGCUGGCCUAGUUCCUAUCUACGCUGGCCAUGAGACGUUGUUCAAGACCCGCGGCAUCGACCGUCGGGAGGCCGAUGAGGAGAAGUAUCUGAUGCGGCUGCCUGACAAUGUGGUCCAAGCAGACGGUACAUCAGCCAUUGCGACGUCACUGGACGAGUAUAGGAGAAAUUUCGAAGCUUUCACACAUGGUGUCCUGGCAGAUCUCGAUUGGUCCAAUGUUGUUGUGGCUGGGUCAGCCGCGCUUUUGCCACUGCUCUCACGUAGGGACGAUGUGAAGGUGAACAUGAGCGACGACCCAGGAGUGGAAGACCCGCUCGAAGCCUAUUACCAAGCGAUUGCAGGCGCGAGUGACAUUGAUGUAUUCAUCUACGGGCUCGACAACGAAGACACGGCCAUCAACCGCAUCCUUGAGCUGGAGGCUGCAGUGCGGAAAAAACAACGCCUGCUCCCUAAUACGGCCAUAUCACUGCGCUCCAAGAACGCCAUCACCUUCAUCUCGCCCAGAUGGCCAUACCGGCACGUUCAGGUAUACUCUAAUCCGCGGGGAAUCACAGCCAUUGCUACACGCACCAACACCGUCGACCUCACCCGUCGGAGCCCAUCAUACGAAAAUCGCUUGUGGAAGUACCGUAACCAGAACUUUGACGUGUUCUGGGGCCCUCUCGACCGAUCACAAAUCCAGAAAGAUUACAUCAAGGAGUUUGCAGAGUUUGACGAAGACGCACCAAACCUUGGCAAUCUUCAAGGUCUCGCUCGAUUGAUAUACUCCGAGAUUGCCCUCUCAAAAGAUCGAUCCCGUCCUUACUAUCGAAAGCGGUUUCUGAAGAAAUUCGAUGACGGCGGAGAACCGGCUCUUACGCCGUCAAGCGGAUAUGCCAGCCACGACAUCCCAUAUGGAGAAAGGUUCACUGCUGAUAGGGUUCGCAAGUAUGUUGAGAGACACUCGACGGAGCCGUACCUGUUCGGUACCAUUGAGGAGGUGCUCGUGCAAGGCGACACGUCGGGCAAGAAAAAGAAGAAAAAGCUAGCUGGGAAAGUCACCUUCCUGAAGGACGAUCCAGGCCGGCAGAUGAUUGGGAGCUUCCAUCCACUGACCGACGACGACUGGACUAAAAUGGCAUAUAAUGGCUCGGAGGAUAAUGAGGAGGAGCAGUGA